AUGGAUCAGUUAUCAGAUGAAGAAAUUGACCAUGGUGCUGAAGAAGACAGUGAUAAGGAAGAUCAGGACCUGGACAAAAUGUUUGGAGCCUGGCUAGGGGAGCUAGACAAACUCACUCAGAGUUUGGAUUCUGACAAGCCCAUGGAACCAGUAAAAAGGUCUCCUCUUCGUCAGGAAACAAAUAUGGCCAAUUUUUCUUAUCGCUUCUCCAUAUACAACCUGAAUGAAGCUCUGAAUCAGGGAGAAACUGUGGAUCUGGAUGCCCUAAUGGCCGAUCUUUGCUCCAUAGAGCAGGAGCUCAGCAGUAUUGGUGCAGGAAAUAGUAAGCGUCAAAUCACAGAAACAAAACCCACUCAGAAAUUACCUGCCAGCCGACAUACAUCAAAACAUGGCACUUUGAAAGGAUUGUCUUCUUCAUCUAACAGGAUAACUAAACCAUCACAUGCCAACUACUCCCUGGAUGACAUCACUGCACAGUUAGAACAGGCUUCCUUGAGCAUGGAUGAGGCUGCUCAGCAAUCUGUACUGGAGGAUACUAAGCCCUCAGUAACUAAUCAGCACAGAAGAACAGCAUCAGCAGGCACAGUGAGCGAUGCUGAAGUGCGCUCUAUUAGUAACUCCUCUCGUUCCAGCAUCACCUCUGCAACCUCCAGCAUGGAUUCUUUGGAUAUUGAUAAGGUAACACGCCCUCAAGAACUGGAUUUGACACAUCAGGGGCAGCCAAUUACUGAGGAAGAACAGGCAGCAAAAUUGAAAGCUGAGAAGAUCAGAGUUGCCCUGGAGAAAAUUAAAGAGGCACAAGUGAAAAAGUUGGUGAUUAGAGUCCACAUGUCUGAUGAUAGUUCUAAAACAAUGAUGGUGGAUGAGAGGCAGACAGUGAGACAAGUGCUGGAUAACCUAAUGGACAAAUCCCACUGCGGUUAUAGUUUAGACUGGUCGCUGGUAGAAACCAUCUCUGAAUUACAAAUGGAGAGAAUCUUUGAAGACCAUGAAAACUUGGUUGAAAAUCUUCUUAAUUGGACAAGAGAUAGCCAAAACAAGCUUGUAUUUAUGGAACGUAUAGAAAAAUAUGCACUUUUCAAAAACCCACAGAAUUAUCUUCUGGGGAAAAAGGAAACUGCUGAGAUGGCAGAUAGAAACAAGGAAGUGCUGUUAGAGGAAUGUUUUUGUGGAAGUUCUGUAACUGUACCAGAAAUUGAAGGAGUCCUGUGGUUGAAAGAUGAUGGCAAAAAGUCCUGGAAAAAGCGUUAUUUUCUCUUGCGAGCAUCUGGUAUCUACUAUGUCCCUAAAGGAAAAGCAAAGGUCUCUCGGGAACUGGUAUGCUUUCUCCAACUGGAUCAUGUCAAUGUUUAUUAUGGACAGGACUACCGGAACAAAUACAAAGCACCUACAGAUUAUUGUCUGGUGCUAAAGCACCCACAGAUCCAGAAGAAAUCUCAGUACAUCAAGUACCUUUGUUGUGAUGAUGUGAGGACCCUGCAUCAGUGGGUCAAUGGUAUCCGCAUUGCAAAGUACGGGAAACAGCUCUACAUGAACUAUCAAGAAGCCUUGAAGAGGACAGAGUCGGCUUAUGAUUGGACUUCCUUAUCCAGCUCCAGCAUUAAAUCAGGAUCCAGUUCUUCAAGCAUCCCAGAGUCUCAGUCAAAUCAUUCUACUCAAUCUGACAGUGGAGUAUCUGAUACUCAGCCAGCAGGACAUGUCCGCUCCCAGAGUAUUGUGAGCUCCAUCUUCUCUGAAGCCUGGAAACGUGGUACUCAGUUGGAAGAGUCCAGCAAGGCCAGAAUGGAAUCUAUGAAUCGACCCUACACUUCACUUAUGCCCCCUUUGUCCCCACAGCCCAAGCUGCCACCUCUGCCUAGCCAGUUGGCACCUUCCACUGGCUCAGCAGCCACCAUGUUCGUCAAGUACAGCACAAUAACCAGGCUGCAGAACGCUUCUCAGCACUCAGGACCCCUGUUCAAGCCUCCGCCGCCCUCAGUGAUGCAGUCUCUGGCCUCCACCUCCCAGUCAGGAAAGCCUCAGAUCCUGGUGCCCCCCAGUGGGGUCGUUCCCCCACCCCCGCCCCCGCCCCCACCCCCCACGCCAGGCUCAGCUAUGGCCCAGCUCAGACCGGCACCCUGCACCCCGUCCCUCCCACAGUUCAGCCCUCCACCUCCUCCACUGAAGAUUCAUCACGUUCAGCAUGCCACUCAAGUGGCCCCUCCAACGCCCCCACCACCCCCUCCUGUCCCUGCACCCCUCCCUCCCCAAGCGCCCCCCAAACCCCUUGUGACGGUGCCCCCACCGACCAGCACCAAGACCGUGCCCCCUGUUACGACACAAGCUGUGCCACCCACACCUGCUCCUCCAGCCCCCCCAGCAAAAAAGCAGCCCACUUUUCCUGUGUCCCAUAUCCCCCCUUCUCCCCCUGCUCCUCCUGGUCCAGUCCCCCCACCCACGUUACCCAAGCAGCAGAGCUUCUGCGUAAAACCACCCCCCUCUCCACUGUCUCCGGUGCCCUCAGUCGUGAAGCAGAUAGCCAGCCAGUUUCCGCCCCCUCCAGCCCCUCCUCCCGUGGAGCAGCCCUUCAGGCCUCCCUCCGCAAAUGUGGCCCCACAGUCCCCUCCUGCUGUGAAAGCGAAACCCAAGUGGCAGCCCAGCUCUAUCCCUGUCCCGUCUCCGGAUUUCCCUCCUCCUCCUCCUGAGAGCAGCCUGGUGUUUCCCCCUCCUCCCCCCCCACCUCCUCCCCCCCCACCUCCUCCCCUGACAGCUACACCCUCAGCUUCUCCUGCCUCCAACAAAAGCGGAUCUCCAGGCAAAAAGACCAGUAAGACAUCCAGCCCCGGGGCAAAGAAACCUCCCCCAACCCCACAGCGAAACUCCAGCAUUAAGUCCAGCAGUUGCACCGAGCACCCCGAGCCCAAGAGACCCUCAGUAGACAGUCUAGUGAGCAAGUUUGCAUCGCCAGCAGAACCCCCAGGAUCUCCCAGCAAAGAGACCCCACCACCUCCGGCAGCGCCCCCCAAACCCGGGAAACUAAAUCUUUCUGGAGUUAACCUUCCCGGAGUUCUCCAACAAGGGUGUGUGUCGACAAAAACAUCUGUCCUGAGUGGGCGCGGAAAGGACUCUGUGGUAGAAUUUCCUUCUCCUCCAUCCGAUUCCGACUUUCCACCCCCUCCACCUGAAAUAGAGCUUCCUCUGCCCCCCAUAGAGAUUCCAGCUGUAUUCUCGGGAAACACCUCUCCAAAAGUGGCAGUCGUUACUCCUCAACCACAGCCAUGGUCCAAAACAUCGGUGAAGAAGGCCCCUCCACCCACACGACCCAAACGGAACGACAGCACCCGCCUCACUCAAGCAGAGAUCUCUGAGCAGCCAGCAAUGGCCACAGUUGUGCCGCAAGUGCCCACCUCUCCCAAGUCCAGCCUUAGUGUCCAGCCUGGAUUCCUCGCUGACCUCAACAGGACACUGCAGCGCAAGUCCAUCACCCGGCAUGGCUCGCUCUCCUCCUCCCGCAUGUCCAGAGCGGAACCCACGGCCACCAUGGAUGAUAUGGCAUUGCCGCCGCCCCCCCCGGAACUGCUUUCUGAUCAGCAGAAAGCCGGUUACGGAGGUAGUCAUAUAUCGGGCUAUGCAACAUUGCGGAGAGGACCCCCUCCCGCACCCCCGAAAAGAGACCAGAACACCAAGCUCUCGAGGGACUGGUAGUAGCUACCAUAGGACUUUAUUUUCAUGGUAUCUGUAAUCAGUUCUACAGUCAGCUCACCUGAUCACCUAUGAUUUCUGGUGUUCAGAGCCUCCUAGUAUGAUGUUGUUCAGGUAGUAUCCAGCUGUUUGUGUGUGUACCUGUGCGUGGACACACACAGCUGUACGUGUAUGGACAGUGUGUGUGUGUGUAUGUGUAUACAUAGCUGAG